AUGGAUUCCAAUCAGAAUAACGAUUCGAACCCGCAACCCAACGGUGAGGUCACUCUAUCCAGAGCGGACUUUGAGGAGCUGUUAGCCAGAUCAACUACCCAAUCAGCCCCGACAGUCCCUGCCCCAACGGCUCCGGCAGCAGCGCCACAGCGCAUAUCCAGAGAGGAGAUCGACGCAAUGUUGGCUAAGCCAGCUACCCGUACGGACCCGGUAGUGCCUACAGCUGCUGUCACAUUGGCUCCUGUAGCUGGCUCGUCGACUACCCCUACUUUUACGAAGGCGAACCUUCAAAAGCAAUUUGAAUUCAACACGGAAAUACUGAGGAUGAUUACGCCAAUCGCGGAAAUUGCCCCACCGGAGAUGGGAGUCCAAGCAACUCUAAUUCAAGCCAUAACGGCUCUGACACAGCGGAACGAGCUUCUAGUUGUAGCGGACAAGGAUCCCACGGUGUGGGAAUUCUUUGAUCGACACAGCAAAGCUCAAAAGUUUGAGGUUUCAAACUCUAUUUUGGCCGAGUUUCUGAAGAUGGAUAAGAAAGUAGAGAAAAAGGAGACAGUGAAGAAAACCAGCUGGACACGUCCCCAUCCCUACGCGGCGAAGGGCUAUCAGCCCUUUCGGCAGGGAGGAGCGACCUGGGCACUCGCUCCUCCUUCCAGCGCGUACUCGCCUUACUUCAACAGAGGCAGGGGUCGUGGCCAAAUGGGAUCGUCCGUCAGCAAAUUUUCUCAAGGAUCUCGUUUGGAAAGGCCCAUGUGCUUCGAAUGUGGAGCGUUCGGUCACUUACGGGCUCAGUGUCAAGCAAAACAAGGAAGUCAACCGGAACUGGGUUUCAUUAAGGACAAUGCUACAUCAGCAUACCAAUAUGCCGAUUUUGUAGAUUCGGAAAUCAGUAAAUUGGUUCACAGCAAGGCGAUUCAAGAGGUCGAGGACCACGGCAAUUUACGAAUAAAUCCUAUCUCAGUAGCAGUCGGUAAGAAAUUGCGCCUUAUUUUAGACCUGUCCUGUCUCAAUAAGAAGCUUCACAAGUCUAAAGUGAAGUUUGAAGACGUGGCCAAGGUUUUGCCUCUCCUCCCCCAAGGUGGUUAUAUGGCCUCAUUUGAUUUUAAGUCGGGUUACCAUCACGUGAAAAUGCACCCCGAUUUCACAAGAUUUUUGGGCUUUGAAUGGCGACAGAAAUACUUCAAAUUUCUGGUCCUUCCGUUUGGGUUAGCUCCGGCUCCUUUCGUAUUCACUAAGACGUUCCGGCCACUUUUGAGAAAAUGGAGAGAAAAAGGUUUAUCAGUGGCACUUUAUCUUGACGACGGCCUUAUUUGGGCAAAGUCGGCACAGCUUUGUGAGGAAUAUGUAAACAUAAUCAAACGGGACCUGAACUCAGCGGGAGUCUCCUGUGCGGAGGAAAAAUGCAAUUGGACCCCAACCCAAAGAAUCACGUGGUUAGGCCACGAAAUUGACUUAAACAACUUUACCUUAGACGUAACCGCGGAGAGGAGAGAGAAAACCCGAGCUUUAGCCAUGAAGCUUCUGAAAAGUAGAGGGACAUCUCUACUAGAUAGAUUCAAAUGGCUGGGUCAUAUCGCCUCAAUGUACUUGGUGAUUCCUUCAGAUUUGAAAAGAAAGUGGAAGACCAUCGUCACCCAAGUGGCUCGUAUGCAAACAGAGCAAUGCGCAUUAUCGUUCCGUUGGAAACUGUCAGGGGAAGAAAGAAGCUUGCUUGCGAGGAAGAGUCGAGUGGAAUCGAUGCGUUUUCAAGUGAAUCAACCAUCUGGUGGAAUUCUUCCCAUUUCUGUUGAUCCUCUCCCAGCUUCGCGCUUCGCAGCAGCCUCUUCGACAGCCCGCCUGGCCGAAGAAAGAGGGCUGGGAGAGGUAGCCCAGGUCAUACAAACUUGUAUCGACCAGUCGGUGGCGCCUGGGACUUUGAGAAUAUAUAAAAGAGUCAAGUCCCGCUUCCUUAAGUUCAGCAAGUCCUUAAGGGUUCCGGCGUCGGAGCUUGCCAAGCUUCGGAAUAUCUUUAUAGCGCAACUUAUACAGGAGGGCCAGGACCGGUCUUUGGGAUAUCAUGUAUCCGCGCUUUCCCAUUUUUUUGGGCCCCUCCCGGAGGAUGACGCUGAUAUCCUCAAAGCGUUACUUAGAGCGGCUGCCAGAUCCAGGGCCCCCGUCAAACAUCGCAUCAAGGCCUCUAAGGAGGACGUAGACCGCAUAAUAGAGCUUGGCCUUAACAACAGCUCCCCGGCAUAUGUCAGCGCCGCAACUAGCGUCAUGUUGGCUUUUUCCGCGCUUUUGCGAGUCGGAGAG